CUCUGUAUUGUUAUACGUUGAUAAACUUGUUAUGUGUUGUUAAUUUCGAUGUAUUUAUAAUUUGUGAUUUUAUGGUGCAAUAUUUGAAGAAAUUUUUUAAAAAUACGUCUAUUUACUUACAUUAAGGUUUUGCUUCUAUUCUGCUCAUGGGAAACAAAGUUAAAAACGCUUUCAUUCUAAUGACUGUAAACCAAACAAGAAAAUAUAGUUUAAUUACAGACGGUGUGAUAUGAUAGUGACACUUUAGGAUUCCACUAUAUUAUCAUUGUGUUCUAAGCAAUAAAAUGUCAUGUUUUAGUAUGAAAUACAACAAUACUUCAGAGCAACAUCUUGAAGCAGGGCCAUCAGUUUUGAGGAAUAACUUUCACAAUUGUGAAAAAUCAACUCACAAUUGUAAAAGAUGUGUAGAGUUUACAAAUAAUUUGACUAAACAUGCGAUAAUAAAACGGGAUUUGAAUAAUAAUUUGAAAGACAAGGAGGAGUUAAAGAGUGUUGCCAUGAAGAAACCUGAGGAAAUUGUAUCCAAUAUAAUUGAAUUUUUUACAAAAUUGCAAAAAACAUCUCAAACUGCUCACAAACAUUUCAAGCUCACUCAAGCCAACACCGAGUAUACUCUGGGAGAAAAUUUUAUAAAAAUUCUACAAAGCUUUCUUUUUGGCGAAACUUCCAAGUUUGAUUUUGGAAUUUAUACAGAUGCUUACAAGCUCUACAAAAAAGAAAAAAGGCAGCUGAAAUCUGUACAAGCAGCAAAAUAUGAGAAGCCACCCAGAAAAGGAACGUUGAAGCACAGAAGAUGGAAAUUAAACAAAUUACAAACAGAUGCAAGUUAUGAAGAUGAUCUUUUCGACUCUGCACAGUUGAAUAAUAGCAUUGAACUGUGGGAGAGCGAUUCUGACAGCUGUGAUAAAUACAAAAACGCACCCACCCCAAAGAUGAACUUCAGUUUAUCUCCUAGAGAGAGUGCUGAAUCAUCUGAGAUAGAAGACUGCUUCAGCCCAGAAGAUUUUCAAAGGAACCGGAAAGUUGCUGAAGAAUAUCAGUUCCGAUUAAAACAAAAAAGAAAAAAGCCUCUAAAGGCUGAAAGACAUUCACCUUAUUCAUGUGCUUCAAAACUAGAUCCUGCUAGAACAUUACAAAAUGCUGCCAGAGUGCUUAAGGAAUGGGAAUCUCUUCAAGAAGACAGUGAUGAAGAAAGCAGCCAAUCUUCAGAUGUUUCUGAUCUUUGUUAAAACCAUCAAAUUCUGUCAGGCUGCAUACAGACUGUUCAGAAACUCCUUAGAAUUAAAAGUAUGAUUCCCUACAGGAUUAAAUCUUAAAUUCCAAAAUUACUCACAUUUCAAUUGAAAAAUAUUUUUCAGUUUUCUAGCA